AUGUUCAUGUUUUUCGAUGGAGCGCUAAGCUACUGCCCCUCUUUGUGCAUUUGUAAGGGAAACAAGUCUAUAGAUGGAGCAGUAGUGGAACUGCAGCCUGACGAACCUCUGAAAUUAAAAUGCGGCGGCACUCCAGCUCAGAUUACUGAACUCAAGGAAAUAGAUCUUAGUAAACUAUGGACUGUCGUUGUCAGCUUGAAUUUGUCUGGCAAUGCUGUCUCAACUUUGUCACGAGAGCUUCAUUUACCUAAUUUGCAGAAAUUAGAUCUCAGUAGAAAUCAAAUAACUCUUAUUGAAUCUGAUGCAUUUUACAAUAUGACCUCACUGCAAAGGCUGGAUUUGUCCUACAACCAAAUAAGCAACAUUUACAAAGAAAUGUUCAAGGGUUUGGUCAAUUUGGAGAGAUUGAUUUUAUCACAGAAUCUCAUUUCAACAUUAGCUGCGGGAACAUUUGACUAUCUUGUUGGCUUGAAACAGCUAGAUAUAACAGAAAAUCCUCUUAUUUGUGAUUGUGACCUAUUAUGGGUAGGCGAUUGGUCCAGAAAUACCAGUGUAAAACUUGUGGGUAAUCCUAAAUGCAGAUCACCAGAAAACAUGGUCAAUAAGACUGUCCGUAAACUGAAAAUAUUCUUGGAUCUAUCAGCUUGCGGCAGUGUUUUACCUUCAACCUCCUUAAUUGUAAAACCUGGUCACGAUCAAGUGGUAUUUGAGGGUGAUACUUUGAUGUUAACUUGUAAUGCUCCAUUCGCUUCAGUGUUGGCAAAGUAUGAACUGAAAUGGGUGCAUCCAAUGCUUGAAAUAUGUGACGUGAAUGUAACUAACACAGAUAUGCAAGAAGAAGGGUUGGCUGAAACAACAGUAUUCUUUCCGAAUAUAACCAACCAUCAUAUGGGUAACUGGACAUGCAUGUACAGUGACCAGAACCGUAUACGACAUAACCAUACGGUGCAAGUUUUGGUGCUAUCAAACAGAACUCAGUAUUGUGGAACGAAUCACACAAUUAAUAAUAAAGGAUUGUAUUCCUGGCCUCAGCUACUCUUAAAUCAUACUGCCAUUGUUCCUUGUCGUAGUGGUGAAGGCACGGCGUAUAGGCACUGCAAUGCAAAUGGCACUUGGGGACCAGUUAAUACAACGGAAUGCUCAUAUAUAAGUAAUGUAACAAAAUUACUCCAGCAAUUUGCAUUGUUAAACGUCAGUUUAGUCCAAUAUUCUGCGCUGAAUGCAACAGAGCGCCUGGCUAUGUUGAUACAGGAAAAAACAUACCCAUUAGCUGAAAUAAUUGACCCCGAUGAUGUUAUGUUCAUAUCGCAAGCUAUAAGGAAUUAUAUGCAGUAUAUGUCAGAGGAGCGAGAUUUGGGUGCAUCACUAUUGGAUGUUAUUAGCUCUGCAAUGAACAUAACACAUUCAGUAAUGACCAAGGCGGAGACACAGUAUGGAGCCUGCACGGACAUGGUGCGCGCCGCUGAAGAGAUCUCCGCGUAUACUAACAAUGUACAGGGGCAUAAGGUGAAGUUGGCGGUGGAGCGGUUCCCGGUGCGCGAGGGCUUCAGCGGCGUGACGUGCGUGUGGUACAGUGCGGGCGGGCCGCCGCGCCUCACUGCUCCACCACCAACCGCACCGUUGCGCCGCUGCUCACCGUCAGCGCCGCGCUUAUACACGCCAGCGUGCAGCACUACGGAAUCUGGUAUAUUACUCCAAACGAAGCCGCAGGAUCUGGUUGUGGCAGUAUACGAUGAUGCCUCUCUCUUCCCUCUGCUGCCGGAACUAGAGAAUGAUGGAGCGCAGCGAGGUCAUAGGUCCAAAGAUUAUUACGGCAGGAGCACUAAAAGAGAGGAUAUGAAUAUGGAGAUCACUUCGCCUGUUGUCGGAUUUCAGCUUAGUCAGAGCCAACUCCACGGGGAACUAUUGGAGCCAGUGAUAGCGACAGUACGAGCCGGAGCUUCCGGGGGAGUUGACGGUCGAGCUGCCGUGUGGGACGCUACCACCAGACGUUGGAGGGACAAUACUUCUGAUUGCAAAGUGUCUCAUGUGGUGUCAGAGAUGAUAAUUAUAAGUUGCACCCGAUUGGCAUACGUAGGACUAUUACAAAAUGUCGAAACUGGCAUAUAUGGGGCACGAACCGAUGGCGCAAGGUUCAAGGUUUCCCACCCCGCUAUUUACGUGGGUAGUUUGAUAUUAAUAGGAUGCGUCAGCUGUGCCACACUUACAUACAUCAUGUGCUACCCCGCCAUACAAAUGGCGAAGAAAACAAAACACGCCCUUAUUAACACGUGGAUAGCGGUGGGAUUGCUCUGCUUCUUGUACACCCUGGGUAUAUACCAGACUGAGGAUGUAAAACUUUGUCAGAUUUUGGGUCUGCUGAUACAUUAUUUGUCGCUUUGUUGUCUCCUCUGGAUGUGUGUAUCCGCAAGUAACAUGUAUAAGUGGGUUACUAAGACCCACAACCCCGUCAGGACUCCCGAAGAUGAGAUUCCACCGGAUGUGCCCAUCCAAAAGCCAAUUUUAGGAUUGUACCUGGUCGGGUGGGGGAUUGCGUUGAUUGUCUGUGGCAUAUCGGGCGCUGUUAAUCUGAAGGACUACGCGGGUUAUUCUCAGUGUUUUCUGAGCACAGCGCCGGCUUUAAGCGCUUUAUUUAUUCCUGGUGGGAUAAUGCUUCUGUUUUUGUUAAUUUUGUUCCUUUUGAUACGGUGUACGAUCAGAAAUAUGAAUGUGCAGCUUUCCGAAGGGACGCAAGCGACCGAAAAUUUGGACCUGGAAAUGUUAGAACCGAAUCAAGGGAACGAAGGAGCUGAAAGGCGUAGCACAAAGUCUGCUAUGGAUUCCGAAGUGGAAGAUAUUGAGCACACACCAAUAAUACAGCUCCGAGCACAAGUUAUAGUGCUCUGUCUAUACAUGUCUGUAUGGACUUGUGGCGCUAUUGCAGUGUACAGGCCUCUGCCUGCCUAUUUACCUUAUCAAGAAGAUAUUUGUAGUAUUAUAUAUGCGGUAUGCGCGACUGUAUUAGGGACCUUCAUUUUAUUCUUUUACGGAAUCGCUAGAAGUGACGUCAGGUCGCAAUGGUCCCUGUUACACUGCUAUUUUCAGAAAAGUAAACAGUGCUGCAGAAACAGAAGCGUCUUUGACGCGAACCAACAAAAUCUGCAGACAAAUCAAAGUAAUACUGCACCCAUGCCAAUCCCAAACGACAAUAGAUCCCGGUCGGAUAGUAGAAGCUCGAACAGAACCAAUUCCAAAACUAACAACAGUGGCACUUACAAAGCUGGCGCGGAACUAAACGGGCAAACUCUUCAAAAGGAUUUGUUGAAAAAUACGAAUGGAAAGACCCCCAACAUAAACCUUGUGGUACUCCAUCGGCAGCAGUAUAGGUCGAACAAUUCAAUGAUGACUUAUCCAGAACCAGCGAACGUGGGUCCAGAAGUGUUCUACAACCCCAAUCAAAUGAACGUGGCGAAGAAAUUUUUCAAGAAACAGAGGCAACAUAUGAAAAGAAAUUGCCUAGAACUACCAAUGAGAAGGGACUGUGAUAACGACUCCCACAUAAUAUCGUUACCACUCGCCACAAAAGAAGCAUAUAGUGGCGUCGCGAACAUAAUAAACGCCGGAUCUAAAGUUAACAAUACAAAUUUGCACGUAGAAAGAACAAAUAACGGUAUAAAAGAAACGCGUAAUGUAACCAAUCCCAAUUUGUUAGAAGAGGAACCGAGAGAAAACUUUAAAAAUUACACGACUGAUAAAAAAUCAUGGAGCAAAAACGACGAUCCCAAAUCCAGAGCGCAAAUAAUGAAUAUUUAUACUAACGUCCCCGAAACGCAAGUGCCACAGCAUCAAAUUAUGAAAUCAAACGUGCCUAAGACCCUCAACGGGCAUAGGAGUAGCGUUUCGGAGGAAUGCCUUCAAAGUCAUGCGAGUGAACAACCCGAAAUGCGGACAGUUUCACAGCAGUGCAGUUUAGAAUAUAGUUCUGCGUCAGAAAUAGCUAUGCCACACACUUGUUCCGAUCAGACCCUCAAUACACAUUCGGAAAUGAACUCUCUCCAAGAGACGCACAGUGCCUUAUGUUCCACAAACGAAAUUACUGACACGGAAAGCUUUGGACAAUACAUAGACUAUUUACAACCAACUAAAACACAAGAAACAAAAGAUAAUGCCUUAGAUAAAUCCCUUCAAGAUAUAUCAGAAGAAUGCACUAUGAACAGUGACGAUAUCCACCGAUCAACCACUCCACAUUUAGAAGAGCCGGAAGGAGAAAUGGACAAUCUGCUGCAAAAUCCAGACAUUGAAGGAUCGAAGGAGAAGAUUGACGAUGACAAAGAAGCGUUCUUUUUGGCCAAAACGACUUACGAUUUUGAGACGUGUAGCACUAACGCCAGUGAGCAAGGCUUCGAAAACGAAAGCGAUAUUUACUGUCCCAAUUACCAAAUGUCCGAAGUUAGUAUACGAAGUCACGGACUAUACGCCCCUUCUCCGUCUUCAAUGUGUCCAAACGAAAUAAGUUUCAGCAACGAAGACGUGUCUAAUAUUGAGAGUCAAUACGUCAACUAUGAUCCAGGAUGGCGUAAAACUAUAAAGAACAAUCCGAAACUCGGCAAAUAUGUUCCAACGCCGGCUUUAAGCUGUCCAGAAGUGAAUAGGGAGCCCAGUCCGGUUUCUUUUAGCAGUGAUUUAGAUGAACUAUACACUCAGAUAACAAGCAGAGACAAAGACAGGAUGCCAAGGAAGGACCACGGACUUGAUGUGACAGUGAACAGUGACGUCACUUUGAAACCUAAUGACAGUGACAGUUGUGUUAGUGAGGCGAUGUCAGAUGUCGUGCAUAGAGGAGAGACUACAGUGUAG